AUGAAAAGGAUAUCCGAUGCUGCGAUAGCGUUGAUAAUAGUGUCUUGCAGUUGUAGCACAGUCACUGCAUUCACAACACAUCAUCAGCCAGGUCGACAUUUGAACCGGCUCCAUCACGACCUUGUUGUUCAAAGAAGAACAGUUCAAGAACCUGAUCUUAUUCCUAUUCUACAAAACAAAAACAAUAACAUACAACAACUCAGCUAUCAUAAUGGAAGAACACAAAGGACGAGACUUUAUUCCAGUCCUUUCGGAUCUGGUCCUAAUUCCUCAUCAUCCUUUCCGAAUUCUGGUGGUGGCUCCUCCUCCUUUCCAAACAGUAACCCACAAUCAGGUGGUCCAUUGGCUAGAGGCGGAUCAUCGAACAAUAACAACCCAUCCCCCUUUGGACAAUCCAACACGAAUGACAAUGAUCGGCUCGGACAAUCCCAAAUAGCACCACGCAACACGAAUGACAACAACAACAACAAUGGUUUUGGUGGUCAACAGCAGAACAAUGGUUUUGGUGGUCAACAGCAGAAGCAAAACAAUAAUGGCGGACCUGGUUUUAGGAAUAAUCAGAAUCCACAACAAAUAUCGGAUGCGUCUAUUGAAGACUUUCGAAAGAAUCCACACCAAAACUUUCACUCCCUUGAGAAUAUUGGAUCCGUCGUCCAAGGUAACUCCAUCAAGACAUGGGCCUUUACACCGGGCCAAAACCUAGACCGCGUCAUGCUGGAGAUUCACACUCAAGGGCGUCCCUUGGAAGCCAAUGUGGAACUCUGGCAAGGUCCGGACAACAAACCGCAAAAGAUGCGGGUCUACUCGGAAGAUGGGAAACUACGUCCCUUUCGUGCUCUUGUGGAACUGCCCUGCCAACAAAAUACCUUGGCCGUCAAGAAUAUUGGUCCCAACUUGGAAUUCCCCCUCUCUGCCACGGUGGCGGAUGGAGACACGGUGGAGAUUAGUUACGCCAGUCCCAUGCCGGCGGCACAAAUGUACGAGUUUGGCACGGAGAUGAACAACAUUCAGGGAGGUUCCCUUCGAACCUAUCCGUUGGGACCUGAGACGGCUGCCAUCCAGAUUGUCUUGCAAACCAUGGGCUUGCCAUUGUGUGCUCGGAUUGAACUAUCUCAAGGCCCAAACAAUAACAAACAAGUGAUUGAUUUCUAUUCGCAAGAUGGAAUGACGUACCCCGCCAGUCUUUCCAUCGAAUGCCCAACGGGUGAAUCGCAAACACUUCGAAUCAUCAAUUCUGCCAGUAUGGAAUACCCCAUUAUUGCCUCGGUGGAGCCAGUUCUGUCUAACACGUACAACGGCAAUGUGGAAGUCCUUGGCAACGCCAUGGAUCCAGGACAGCGGAUGCCUCGAACACUCGGUGCUAGCGGAAUGGGAUACACCAUUCCUGGCAAUAGGAAUAAUGAUUUUGCUUCUCCUCAAAGCACCAGAAAGCAAUCCAUUGCAACCGUACCAGUUGGUUGGAACCCGGGAUCCUCGAAUAGUAACGGAGUAGGACAAGGCGGACCAGGUAACAAUGGUGGCUUUGGUGGAGGUGGUUCUAAUUCACCGUCAUCAGGCUUUGGUGGUUCCUCCGACAGUGGACCAGGAGCAUCGUCGUUUGGAGGCAACGGAGGCUCCGGUGGCAUGGGCGGUGGUGGCUCUUCUGGAUUCGGAAGCAAUAACGGAAUGACUGGAGGCGUCUCGGCCCCAGGUUUUGGAUCCUCCCCAGGGUCAUCAGGUAGCAGUGGAUUCGGAAGUUCCGGAGGCAGUUCAUCAUUUGGAUCAUCCAGUGGUGGAAUGCCGGGAUCGUCUGGCAUGGCAUCUGGUGGCACAUCAGGUCCAGGUGGACUUGGCGGCUCCGGUUCUUCAUCUUCGUUUGGUGCUAGCAAGAGCGGAGGUGGAUUCGGCGCUUCCGGCGGUGGCUCAUCAUUUGGAGGAUCAUCCAAGGGCGGUGGCUUUGGUACCACCGGCGGAAGCUCAUCGUUUGGUGGGGCGUCUAAGAGCGGUGGAGGAUUCGGAAGUCCCGCAGGCACUUCAUCGUUUGGGUCAUCCAGCGGUGGAAUGCCAGUAUCUUCUGGCAUGGCAUCUGGUGACACAUCAGGUCCAGGCGGACUUGAUGGCUCCGGUUCGUCAUCUUCGUUUGGUGCUAGUACGAGCAGAGGUGGAUUCGGGGGCUCAGGUGUCAGUGGUGGAUUGGGAGGCGCUGGAGCCAGCUCGUCAUUCGGUGGAUCAUCCAAGGGUGGUGGCUUUGGCAGCACCGGCGGAAGUUCAUCGUUUGGUAGGGCGUCCAAGGGCGGAGGUGGAUUCGGAAGUUCUGGAGGCACUUCUUCGUUUGGAGGAUCUUCCAAGAGCGGUGGUUUUGGUAGUACUGGAGGAAGCUCAUCUUUUGGAGGAGCGUCCAAGAGCGGAGGUGGCUUUGGCAGCACUGGCGGAAGCUCAUCAUUUGGAGGAGAGUCGAAGGGUGGAGGUGGAUUCGGAAGCCCAGGAGGCGCUUCCUCAUUUGGCGGAGCGUCCAAGGGUGGCGGCUUCGGCUCCAGCUCUGGUGGCAGCUCAUCAUUUGGAGGAGCGUCCACGGGGGGUGGUUUUGGCUCCAACUCUGGUGGCAGCUCAUCGUUUGGAGGAGGAGCGUCCAAGGCGGGUGGCUUCGGCAGCUCAGGGGGCGCUUCGUCAUUCGGCGGAGCGUCCAAGAGUGGUGGCUUCGGCUCCAACUCUGGUGGCAGCUCAUCAUUUGGAGGAGCGUCCAAGGGUGGUAGCUUCGGCAGCUCCGGUGGCACUUCGUCAUUUGGCGGAGCGUCCAAGAGUGGUGGCUUCGGCUCCAGCUCUGGUGGCAGCUCAUCAUUUGGAGGAGGAGCGUCCAAGGGUGGUGGCUUCGGCAGCUCGGGUGGCGCUUCGUCAUUCGGAGGAGCGUCCAAGGGUGGUGGUUUUGGAAGCUCAGGUGGCAGUCCUUCCUUCGGAGGGGCUUCUAAGGGAGGCUUUGGCGGUUCAACUGGUGGCUCAUCGUUUGGAGGCGCAUCCAAGGGUGGAUUGGGAAGCGCAAAUGGGGCUUCUAAGGGAGGCUUCGGCGGCUCUUCAAAGGGUGGAUUUGGAAGCUCUGCUGGAGGCUCACCAUUUGGAGCUUCAAAGGGAGCAGGCUUCUCUCCCUUCGGAUAA